AUGGAAGAUAGAGAUGCAAAAAUAGAAAAUUACUUAAACACAAUUGACGCAAUGGGAGAGCAAAUGGAGCACUUAAAAUCCAAACUUUCAGAAAUAAACUCAAGGAUUUCUUCAAAAGCAUCUCAGCCAAACCUAAAACUCCUUGAUUCCAAAAUAAACCAAUCCCAAAAUGCACUCCAGCAAAUGCUCCAAGAAAUUGAAUAUGAGCGCUCAAUAUUCCGCCGCCUCACAGUUUCAAAUGAGCCAGCUAACCCGAGUUUUUCCUCAGUGUAAAAAUCUACAUAGUGACAAAAAUUUAAUAAAAAGAUUUGAAGAAUUAUCUGAAGAAAACAAAAUUUUAGCUUCAAAGAAAAAAUCUCUUGAGUAUUCAAAUUUGAGGAUUCCUUCAGAAUCCUCUAAAACACUAAAUCCAAAUGUUCAAUUCUUAAUGAAAAAAGCAAUCCAAGUCGAAAACCAAAACCAGAAUUACCUAGACCUUAUUGUUAGGUUAGAAGAGGAAAGGACCAGCAUAAAUUCUGCAUAUUCAAAGAUCACGCAGAGUCUUAAUUCCGUUGACAAAAUGAAACAAAAAUUAAAGGAAUUAGAAGAUUUUAUUGAAAAUAAAAAUAUCAUUAUAUCGAAACUUGAAGAAAAACUUAAAGAGAAAAAUCAAGAAUUAAAAGAAAAAGAGUUUGAAAUUGAAAAUUCUGAAGAGCAGAUCAUGAAAGAAAGCGUCAAAAACUUGAGGGUAGAAUUGGAUGAGACUAUUGGAAAUAGAAAAUUAUUAGAAGAAGAAAUUAAAAAAAUUGAAAAUGAAAGUAGUCAACAGAAAUUAAGGACAACGGUCUUAUCUAGUAAAGAAGCCAAUUAUUUAUGCAAAGAAGAAGUAAAAAGACUUGAGGCCGAUAUAAUAGAAAAAAACAAAAUUUUAAUCCAAAGUGAUAAAACUAUUUUAAAGCUAAAAUCAGAAUUGCAAGAAAUUCUAAAAAAACCCAGAAAAUCUGUAUCUAGAUUUUCGCUACAACCAAGCUCGCAUGCAAGUACUCCACUGCUUUCAGAGCCAAAAAUGCCUUCAUCGCCUACAUCUCCAAAAACACCACAGACAUUUGCUGCUAGAGCUGAUCCACGUCGAAACACCAUUAUUUCAAAAAUCAGUAUAGCUUACACCCCGUUUUGGAUCAGCUUUGAGCACCCCUUCCCCAUAUCACCCAUCCCCUAACGGUCCCUAAUAUUUUAAAUGUUAAAUAUUAAUUUGACAAGUUAAAAUAUUUGAGAGGGACUUGUCAAAUAAUAUUUUAACAUUUAAAAUUUUCAGGACCGUCAGGGGGUGAGUGACAUAGGGAGGGGGUAUUUAAUGGCGAGCAACCAAGAAGGGUGUGCUAUAAAGAAGGCAUGACUAGAGAUCUUAGAAAAACAUUUCGGACUAUUGGCAAGCCUAAUCAAAGUCUUGGCUCUAAAAUUGUUGAAUUAAAUCGUGGGCUGUUUUUAUCGCGUAUCAAUUCAACCCCUACGCUAUUUAAAAGCAAAAUUUAUACCUUUCCAUAUACAAAAAUAUUUUUCAUUAAUUAUAAUAGAAAUAUUUAUAUCUUCCAGACAAAAUCAACACAAAUAAAAUGGUGACUUAUCCAAGACGCCAUUCUGCUAUAGCUGUGGGUUUAAGAGGGAGGGGACUGGAACUUUGUCUCUGGGUGAAUUUUUCCUAUUUUAGAUACUACGACAGAGUUUUUACCCUGACCCAUAGACAAUUAGGCCAUGGUCCGCAAGAUAACUCCACACUUUUAGAUGUGAAGGGAAAAAGAUCUGAAAAAGGAUUUGGGAUCGCAUCCUAUCUCUCAUUUCCGGACAGAUGGUGCCGACUACUAAGAGUUGUCCAAAGAAGUGCCUGGUGCGCCUCUCUAAGAGAUUCUGGCAUUUCCAUUUUUUGGUGACGUCAACAGAAAAGGGCCUAAAUGCAGCCAGAUGCUUAGAGCAGGAAGCCUGAAGUCGGUGAAGGCGGAGAGGGACUGAAAUAAACCCCGAAAACCCAUUCUAGCUUUAAUCUAAUCAAGACAAAAGCAUAGCUAA